AUGAAUUAUUCAGCAAGUUCAUUUUACUUUUUUCAACUGCCAGUUAGUGAUGUUACAACAGCGAGCACUUCGCCCACAACAACUUCAACUAGUUCAAGCACAAGUACAUCAACAAGCAGUUCUACAACCAGUACAAGUUCAUCAACAAGCAGUUCUACAAGUAGUUCAAGCACGAGUACAUCAACAAUAACAACAACAACUACAACACCAUAUAAUUCUUGUAAAAAUUUACGUUGGAAUCAAACAGGUCAAAUCGUUGCUGGAACAACAUCAGGUUCAAAUGCGAAUCAACUAAAGAAUCCAAGUUGCUUAUACAUCGACAAUAAUAAUACCCUAUAUAUUUGUGAUUAUGGUAACAACCGUGUUCAGAAAUGGGUUCAAGGUGCUCCAAUAGGUGCGACAAUGGCCGGAAGUAGUACAGGUACUUCAGGUUCAACAUCCAUAUUACUGAAUUCUCCUAUAGCUCUUACUUUUGAUACAAAUGGAUUUAUGAAUGUCGUUGAUAAUGGCAAUAACCGCGUACAAAAGUUUGCUCUAGGCUCUAUUAACGGCACGACUGUUGCUGGAACGAUUGGCAGUCAUUCAAGUGCAUUGACUGAUUUAGACGAACCAACAGCCAUUUAUAUUGACAAUAAUUUAAAUAUUUAUAUUCUUGAUAUGGGGAAUACACGAUUGGUAAAAUGGGUUCCAAAUGCAAUAAUGGGUACUCUUCUGAUCAGUGAUAGUAGUUUGAAUAAUGUCUAUGGCAUGAUUCGCAUGCCAUAUUCAUCGAAUCAAGUCUAUCUGUGUGAUCAGGGUUCUAAUGAAAUACAUGUAUGGACAUUUGGUGCGUCUAGUGAAAGUAUGAGUCUUCAAACAGUCAAUGACAGUCAACAUAAUAGUCUUAACAAUCCAACAGGCAUAGUUUUAGAUCCGUAUGGUAAUUUAUAUGUUGCUGAUAGAGAUAAUGAUCGAGUAGUUAUGUAUUGUGUUAAUUCAACAGUUGGUAUUGUUGUUGCUGAAGAUAAUAAUUCUGGACCUUCACUCAAGAAACCAGUGGCUCUUGCGUUUGAUUCGGAUCUAAAUUUGUAUGUGGCUAGUACAGAUAGCGACCAAGUGGUUAAACUUUCAAGAAUUUAA